AGAGCAUGACAGCUUUGACAUUUUCAUCGCGCGCUCUGUGCACCGCGCCUCUUUUUUCUUAUUAACGCAAGCAUAGAAAUCAGAAGCACACGAGACUCGCCCGCGCACAGGAUUACAUAUAUACACACACACCUCUUCAUCCCAUGUUUAUAGGAUAUACCGAAGUCAGGGAAUCGACUAAGUGGGAGAACAGGAACACGGGUUAGGUUAUUCUUGUGCCUGAACACGGGUAGGUUAUUCUUGUGCCUGAACACGGGUUAGGUUAUUCUUGUGCCUGAACACGGGUUAGGUUAUUCUUGUGCCUGAACACGGGUUAGGUUAUUCUUGUGCCUGAACACGGGUUAGGUUAUUCUUGUGCCUGCACCCAGCCGGAGAUGCCAGGACCUUACAGCCUUUUCGGCAUCAUGUAGAACACGAUGAAGCCCUGCAAGCCCGUGUUGAUAAGGAGGAGUGAAGUGGACGAAGUGACGGAUACUUCCCUGACCGAAUCUUCAAAUGUUAAUGCCGGCAAGAUGGAGAAACAGACCUUGGUGACGGCUAUCAGUUUGUCCAUGAGCCUGGCAUCACUGGCACUUCUCAUCACCGCUAUCAUGACCGACCACUGGUACGAGACGGACACAACACGGCACAGGCAGAACUGCGACCAGUUCGGGCCGGACGCCAACGACCAGACGAACCGGCGGAUGCCCAUCUAUCACCUGCCCCUGAUGGACAGCAGCAAUCCUCGGAGGAACCAGGCGCUGCUCCGGGCGAUCCACGUCGGGAGUAGAGAGGAGGAGCUCCUGGAAAACUGGAGGUCAAUUUUGGGAAUGGGAAUUUUAGAAACGGAAUGCGGGCGGCCUCUUUUCUCCACUUACUCUGGACUUUGGAGGAAAUGUUAUUAUCUAGGAAAGGACAGGGACAUCGACAACCUCAUUGCCAAGGGUAUAGCCCAGCGAUGUAUCACCAUCAAGUACCAUUUCUCCCAGCCCAUCCGGCUCCGCAACAUCCCGCUCAACCUGACCCGCACCAUUCAGCAGGAUGAGUGGCACCUCUUACACCUGCGGCGGAUCACCGCAGGGUUUCUGGGUAUGGCAGCAGCCGUUCUGUUGUGUGGCUGCAUCGUGGCAUCUGUCAGCUUCGCCUGGGAGAAGAGUCUCACUCAGCACGUCUCUGGGCUGCUCUUUCUCAUGGCAGGGAUCUUCAGCACCAUCUCCCUGUGUACCUAUGCCGCCAACGUGUCCUACGACCUGGCCAGGGUCCCUCCCUUCAUCUACGGGCUGCCCGCUGACGUGGAGCAUGGCUACAGCUGGUCCAGCUUCUGUGCCUGGCUCAGUCUGGGGCUGACAGUGGCAUCUGGAUGCCUGUGCACCACUUUCCCCAUCCUCAGGCAUAGCAACAGCAAAGCCCAGCAGGGCAAGGGAAAGGCUGCCCCCAAUGACUGUGUUUGACACACACCUUACUGCGUUUGACAAACACUUUACUGUGUGUUACACACACACACACACACACCAAGCCUCAGCUGCAGCAAGGGCCUACAGGCAGAGUCUAAGAUGUCUGUGUUUACUGAGUCUGACAGACACCUCACAGCAUUUCACACCUCUUACUGCAUCUUUCACAUCAACUCUGAGCUGCAGCAAGGGCCUGCAGACCAACACCCCCAGACACCUGGCUGACUAACCCAUAAACAGCUGCAGCAGGUGCCUGGGACUAAUGCUGACUCCUGCAUUUUCCGUCUGAAAACACUUCUGCGUCAACCAUGCUUCCACUAGACCCUGCAUCUAAAUCGAGGUCACUUCCAUGGAGCAAAACAUCCUGUAAUUAUGGAACCAUAAUAUAUACAGUGAGCUCCAAAAGUAUUGGGACAGUGACACAUUUGUUGUUUUGGCUCUGUACUCCAGCACUUUGGAUUUGAAAUGAUACAAUGGUUAAAGUGGUUAAAGUGCAGACUGUUAGCUUUAAUUUGAGGGUAUUUUCAUCCAUAUCGGGUUAACCGUUUAGAAAUUACAGCACUUUUUGUACAUAGUCCCCCCCAAUUUUAGGGUACCAAAAGUAUUGGGACAAAUUUAAGUGUGUAUUAAAGUAGGAAAAGGUUAAGUUUAGUCCCAUACUCAUAGCACACAAUGGCUACAUAAAGCUUGUGACUUUACAGCAUUUGUUGGAUGCAUUUGCUGUUUGUUUUGAUUGUGUUUCAGAUUAUUUGUGCCGAAUAGAAAUUAAUGGUAAUUAAUGUAUUGUGUCAUUAUGGGGUGACUUUUAUUGUAAAUAAGAAUAGAACAUGUUUCUAAACCCUUCUACAUUAAUGUGGAUGCUACCAUGAUUAUGGAUACCCCUGAAUGAAUCAUGAAUAAUGAUGAGUGAGAAAGUUAGACAGACAUGUCAUAUCACCAAGACAUGCUAACCUCUCACCAUUACAAUAAGAGGGGAGGUGGUAUGAUAUAUGUGCAUAUCAUUUCAAAUCCAAAGUGCUUGAGUACAGAACCAAAACAUUUGUCACUGUCCCAAUACUUUGAGCUCACUGUAUAUGCCAUUUAGCAGACGCUUUUAUCCAAACUACCUAAACCUUAGCUACACCCAUGCUAUUUCUGUGGUCUUUAUGCGAUUAUGUCUGUGAUUCAGCCUAAUGCUACCUUUGCACAUAUUUUUUUAUGUAUGCUCAUAAUUCAGUGUAACCAAAACUGUAAGGAAACCCAUCUGUGGAUAUUCAUUAGUUCUCUUAUCAAUGGACACAGACCAAACCCCUGUGCAUAUGUGCCGAAACCCAAAUCAAGAUGUCCCCUCAUCAAUGGAUAUUAACCUGAUCGCAGUGGAGACAGACCAAAUCUCGCUGGAUAUGCACCUAAAUCGAAGUCCACAUCUCCCUCAUUAAUGGAUAUUAACCCUGAUCCUAGUGGACCCUAAUCUGAGUGUAUUUACCAUAGUUUCAGUGGAUGUAUUUUGUAAUCUAUCAAUUAACAUUUGCCGUAACCCCAGACAGUGGAUAUUUGUUGGAUGUGCCUCAUGCGGUCUGAUUGGUAAAGAGUUGGAUCAUUUCAGAAUACGCCUACUGAAAAGAGAAACUGAGGAACUCUUGAAAGAUGCAUUAUUUCCGAGUGGUAUAGUCUGUGUUGUACAAGUGGUAUAGUCUGUGUUGUAUGAGUGGUAUAGUCUGUGUGUGUCUCUUGAAUCCAGUGUAUCCAUCUCCUAAAAAUUCUCACUCAGGAUCCACAAAGCAGAGGGUUUGAGUGUGUGUUAGCAGCAGUCUGUAUCUUGACCUACUUGUGGAUGAGGGCGUCUAUAGCUCCCAGGCUCACUCUUUGGUAGCCUUAAGGCUUUCCGUAAGGGGAAAACACUUGGGGUGAGUGAGGGGUCCACAUCAGUUCCUAACCCCACCCCAGUAUCCUCUCCCUGAGUGUGUGAGGGUACCGGUCAGAGGGUCAUGAUUUUCUUUUCAGCAGGCAGGAAGAGCUGGGGACUAAGCAGCAGAACCAGGGUCCCACUGUCACGCCCUGACCAUAGUUUGCUUUGUGUGUUUAUAUGUUUUGUUUGGUCAGGGUGUGAUCUGAGUGGGCAUUCUAUGUUGUAUGUCUAGUUUGUCUGUUUCUGUGUUUGGCCUGAUAUGGUUCUCAAUCAGAGGCAGGUGUUAGUCGUUGUCUCUGAUUGGAAACCAUAUUUAGGUAGCCUGUUGUCAUUGUGUGUUGUGGGUGAUUGUUUAUGUUAUGUUGCAUGUUAGCACAGUGUUUAUAUAGCGGUCACGUUUGUCUUAUUCGUUUUGUUGUUAUUUGUUUAAGUGUUCUUCAUUAAAUAUAGAAGAAUGUAUUCAAACCA